GGGCUGACUGGGGUUUCCACUUUCCUCUGGACUUUUGGCUUUUUCCGUCCGGGAUUCUCCUGGUAUGUGUAAUCUGUGGGAAAUGCCAUUGUGGUUGAACAGCAGCUGUCAUUUAAAUGGGCAAAACCACAUCCAAAAAACAAACAAAAACAUAGGUCUAUAAACACAUCGCUUUGUGUUUCAGUGUUUCAUCUUAAGUUUGAAGAGAAAGGCCAAGCAUAGCUAUGAAAUUGGGCGUCACAGCUAGGAGCUUGUAUUCUUUACACAACUUGGUGUCCCCACACUGUGGAGAGUAGCAGUUUGGUGUGAACACACAGAAAUGAAGGAGGCGAAUGCUUUGCCCUUGAUGGAUUUAUCACAAUCACAGGUCUCCAGGGUGGAGAGUGAAUGAAGCAAGAAAAUAUCUCUGGGUGCAGCAUUGACUUGAAAAUCUGUGCUACAAACCAGACAUUUGAAGUUCUCAAUCGAUAAACAUAAAUUGCAUACUUGACAACAUGGAACAGCAUUUACACAAAACUACACUGUACAUAACAUUUAAUUUUGAACACCCCUCUAUGUCUUGUUUAUGACAACACAUUUUCUGUUACUUUCGACACAGUGUUAAAAAGUCUCCCUCUGCAGCACAUAAAUUGUAUAUUUGUAACACAAAAGUAGUAACUUUGGCAGAAAAUGUGUUGAAAGUAACACAAAAGUAGUAACACAAAAAGUGUGUUGGAUUUUAACACAUCAUUUUUGAGAGUGUACAGACAUACUGCUCUGGGUUAUUUAUAACAUAAUUGACCAUGCCUGUGCAAAAAUGUUAAGCUUUAAGUGCCUAGCAGUUUACACUGUUGGGUCCAGUAGUAAAUUGGUUAAUUUGGGCAGAAACUGUCUGCAUAGUUGGGAUAACCAACUCUGUCUAUGACAAGUCAAGGUCUGACAGUGGAGCUGCCUGCAGGAGUCCCCCGUGAAAAUGACGCACAUACUAAUAAUCCUUCCCGUUUUGAUUGGCCAACAUUCUGCCACGCAAGUGGAAGUUCUGAACUGCCUCCCUCCGUCUGUAAUGAAGGGCGAAAUCCGGAGUGCAACUAGAGACUCGCAGUGCUUUGAGUACUAGGUAUUUGCCUUCGAUCAUAUUUAUUUGUGAACAGCUCAACUACAUGAAGAAUGUGACAGAACGUAAGAAAUCAAUUCUGACCCCCCAGGUGCGAUGGGUCCUAUAAUUGGGAUGUCUCCAGACAAGAAAGCAGAAACCCCUGGGCCCCGGGCGGAGCGGACGGGGCUGAGGGCCCUGUUGGGGGCGGGGACCCUGCCCGAAGCAGAGAGCGCCGCCAGCCCCAGGGCCACCAGCCUGGACGGGGUGGGCGGGAUGGUGGGCGGACCCGAAGGCGGGGCUGAGGAUGAGGAGCUCACCAACCUGAACUGGCUCCACGAGAACCUGCUGCAGAACUUCACGCUGGGGGGUCCCGAGGCUCCACCCAGCGGCAGCCCCCUCUUCGACAUCGAGGGAGAGGGAGGCUUGCCCCACGCCCUCUGCUCCUCCCUCUCCUCCUCGGACUCCCCCUCCUCCUCAUCCCUCUCGUCCGCCUCGCUCCCCCGUGGGCGGAGCCGGGAGAAGGACCCUCUCAAGUCCAAACCGCCCUUCUCCUUCUCCCUGCUUAUCUACAUGGCCAUUGAGCAGUCACCUCGCAAGUCCCUGCCUGUCAAGGACAUCUACGGCUGGAUCUUGGAGCACUUCCCCUACUUCGCUAGUGCCCCCACUGGCUGGAAGAAUUCAGUGCGCCACAACCUGUCCCUCAACAAGUGCUUCCGCAAGGUGGACAAGAGCCUAGGCAAGGUGAGUGGCAAGGGCUCUCUCUGGUGCGUGGACCCCAAGUACCGGCCCAACCUGCUGCAGGCCCUGAAGAAGCAGCACCUGCCCACUGGCCAGGCCUUCGGCACGCCCCCUUCCUCCCCGCUCAGUGCCUCCUCACCUCCGCACCACCUCCUCCUGCGUGACCAGUGCUGCUCUGUGAAAGAGUCUGACAUCGAUGCUGCCACUGCCAUGAUGCUCUUAAACUCUGCCCCCGAGCACCACCCUGAACCAUAUGGUCGGGAUGGCCCUAUAGAUCUCUCCCAGAGGGACCUGGUGGUGGUAAGCAGGGACCCGAAACAGGACCAUAACUACAGCAGCGUACCCCAGCAGCACCGGCCGCCCCGCUCCAGGUCCUCGUCCCUGUCCUCCCUGGACGAGGGCUCGGGACGCGCGCCCCGCAAGACGCACCGCGCCGGCAGCGAGGGUUUCCACAGCAACGAGGACUCCGACCCUAGCCCCGACCUCGGCCCCGGCGCCGGGGGGGAGGCGGCAAAGGCGGGGCCCGGCCAGAGAGGCGCCCGGGGCCGCCCGGGCCGGCGCGCGAAGCCGACGCCCCCCGGUCGCGGCCACGCCCAUGCCUCGGUGGAGGUCCCGAGGAAGAGGGCGUGGCUGGAGGCCAAGGCCGAGGUGGACGAGGAACUGAAGGAGGCGGCGGGGUCCCUCCUGCACCUGGCCGGGAUCCGCACCUGCCUGGAGGCUUCCAAACGCACAGCCAGAAGCAAAAAACUCUCCAGGAAGUGAAGAGAUGACCCUUGACCUCUGAUCCCUGCAUCUUGGCUUCCUUCUCCUCUGUUUUUGUGACUCAUCCCAUUUUCCACACAUCCUUUUCCCUGCACGUGGGGAAAAUCCCCUUCAUCCAACAGAAAUAGCAAUAUAAUCAUUGACAAAGGAGAAAUUAAGCCAUAUUGUGACUUUUUUGACUUAUAAAAUAAAAUGAAUUCAUACAUUUUAUAAAACACCCCACAGAAAUUAGCUACCAACAACACCCGUUGGAUCUACAAAUGGGUGCAAUUUGUGGGAUUGUAGAAAAAAGGGUCACCAAAAAAUGUUCACACGAAGACUUGCAUGCUUCCAGCUCACAAAAGAGAAGAUGAGCAUGGACAUUUCUGAUGAAUUCCUGGCUAGCCUGUGCCACAGCGUGGUUUCCUUAAAACUUCAAAAAAAGAAAAGAAUGAAGAUGCCACUGCUUGUUUUGGAUUAAAGACUAAGACUUUGUUUCCCUGAAUAUGAUACAAAGAGAAAUGCAAUAAUUGUUGUUUAAAAACAAACCUGUUAUUUUAUUUUUGUAAUGCUGUUUUCGUAUUGUGUCUUUUUGAGGGUUUCUCUGUUGGGCAAGGAUGCUUGGAUACCAGGGGGUGUGUCUGACCACACCUCUGCACCCCUGAUUGGUUCAGACUUCUGUCCGUUCUGUGUCAGUUGCCCUGGAGGUUCCGGAAUCCUGCCCUGUGGCAGGAGAUCUGUGUGUAGGGCCACAACUGGGCUCGCAGAAAGGCCAAAACACAAGGUCCCGCUGAUCUUGGUGCUUGGUCACCGCGAUGAAAAUCCAGUCAGCACCCCGAGACUUCCCUCUUCCUCCUUAUCCUCACGUUCCUCUUCUUGCUAUCAAUGUUAUUGUCAUGAAAUAAUUAGGUUCCUUAUAGUAUUUUUUCCACUUUCUCCAGGCCAUGUGUGAUCUUCUGGAAAAAAGAAAAAAAAAUUACUGCCCUUGGUUGUUUCCAUGUGUUCAAAUGGGGGGGGGGGGGGCAUGGCAUUAAGCAAUAGGUGUGAGCAUUCCAACAUGAACGGGAAUGGUGGGGGGUUGCCCAAUGAAGCACCAAUUUAAACAUCACCGUUUCUGCUGUCUUUAACACAUGAGCUUAGGCAAGCAUUGGUGGGCUAUCUUGCUUUUUUUUUGCUCAGAGGUGGCACUUUUGGGGAACGGUUUUGCCGGAAGGGUAUAAAACAUGGAAUCUGGGAAUGCUGAGUGUGCAUGUAUGUGUGUGUGCGCGUGUGUGUUUGUGUAUUUCAGGGUGUAGUGGGUUAAAGAGGACUGGUUCCGCAGGAGACUCUGAGAGGAAUAGUUUACAAACAACAAAACAACAGUUUACCCUGAACUCCAUUAGCUGUAGGGCAGUUAUACCUGGAGAGUUUCCUCCGACCUACCUUAGCUGUAGGUCAGUUGUACCUGAAGUGUGUCCACUGACCCACGUUAGCUUCAGGUCAGUUAUACCUGAAGAGUUUCUUCUCAUUCACUUUUCCACUUGUAAACAUACUUUUUUCUUUCCCCUCUGCUGGUCCUCUUUUGACCUUACAGUCCUUUGUGGUUCAUUUUAAUCUUGUUGGCUGUUUAGGAUUUUUUUUUUGUUGUUGAAAAACUCAUGUUAACAAAAGUGUUACAGUCCUUGUUAUUUCUUUGUAUUGGGCAUGUCCAGUGAGUGAUAUGCUUUUCAUAUGUUCACCUGGUGAUGGAGGGUGGAGCUAUGGCAGGGGCUUUGAGAGGGGUGGGGGUGGGGAUGGGGUUGUUGGGGCCAUGGAGACAGUCUCAGACAGUCUCAGACAGUCUCAUGAUAUGCGUUUGCAACUCUAGGAGUCUGCUCACCCACCCUGCAUUGUCAUCAAACUGAGAAUUUCCUGUUUUUGGGAGGAAGUGAGACACAAUGAGAAACCCUAAACAAAACUGCAAAAGAAAAAAAGCAGCACUGACAGAGAGCUGGAAAAAAAAUGUAAUUGGUAUUCAUUGUGAGUGGGGAUCAUGUGCCAGAAAUACAGGAAGUGACAAUGAGCUGGUCAGGGUUCCUAUGGCAACUGCCUGAAUUUUGUUAUUGUGGUUUUAGACCCCAGGGAUAUUGAUGCUGAGGACAGGGAGUACAUUUCUGUGUUUUUCUUUGACAGGGUGUUUGCAUUGAGACUGAAGUUCACAUUUAAGUGAACCAGUCCUGAUGGUGUCAGGACAACCUGGACACCCCUCUUCCAGUGCAUGAUGGUUUGAUCCUUCACGCAGGGCCUCUUGUGUCAUUGGCUAUGGGCAGUAAUCUAUUCCUGGAAAUUGGUCUUGUGAAUUAACCCGAAUAGAGGUCAACAUAUUUUAUGUGGAUUUCAUUCACGUUUGUGAGUGUGUAAAACACUGCCAUCGCAAAGUGUGUGUGUGUUUGUGCUCACAAAACACUGUUGUCACAAAAACAAGUUUUCUUCAUUUGUACGAGCUGAAAAAACGCAAAUGAAAUAGAAAAGGCAACAUUCCCAAAUGGGCAUCACCAUACAGACAGGGAGGUAGAGGGGUGGCUCCAUUGAGGAUUGUGUGCUGCCAGCACCAGUAAACCCUGUACAGCAGUCUCCUGAGGUGGCAUGGUGGUCAGAAGAAAUCCACAGGUCCUGUUUCAGCAUAAGUAAUUUUUUUUUACUUUAUCGCAGGAGAGCGAGAUCCCAAGCCGGUGUACUGCCAUCCCCUUUGUGGGUCUACUCCCAGAGCUAUCCCACAGUUCCGUGCAGCAGUUGCUCCCACGGAAACCUGUGAUCUAGCAUCUAUUGAAUUAACUCAUUACCCUAAUUCACAAUGUGCAUGCACUGUGGUUGGUACCACAGAAAGCUCUGUCUGCUCACAAUGGAAUGUACCAACUCUGUUCAGGGUGGACAAUAGGUUUUGGGAAGCGUGUGGGGGAGGUUCUGAGGACAGUGUGUGAAAGUUAUUUCCAGAGCCCCCAAGUGUUUGUCCAAUCAGGGCAGUCCAGGAAACCUGGGCCAUUGAUAAUAUUGACAUACGUGGGCUGCCUGGGUGAUAUAUAGUGAAAGGGUUGGUUUAUUAUUUCAUGCCUGUUACUGAACAUCGAUGAGAGUUUCAAAACAAUAUUAUUAUGACAAUUUUUUGUUUGUUUAUCUAAUGUAAAGCUGCCAAUCCAGUGAGUGUUCGCAUCAGUUGUCUGCCAUGUCUGUUAGACAGACACAACCUUUGGUUUUUGUAUGCUAACCUGUGUUAAUAAAAUGUUUAUAAAGUUUAUUUUCGCCAAAGAUAUGCAAUUGCAUUAUAUAUGGUGUUACUGAAUAAUAAUAAAAAAAAUCUUUGUUUUAUGA